CCCGUGACGUCACUGUCAUCUGUUUCUUUGUGGGAUAGGAAGGCUCACAUUCACGGAAGUCAAGCAACUCGACAAGUUGCUYUUUACCUAGCUAACGAUCCUAACAGCUGGCCAUCAUGCUCGGUGGAGGAUUCAAAGCAGAAAGACUCCGGGUCAAUCUCCGACUGGUGAUCAAUCGCCUGAAGCUCUUGGAGAAAAAGAAAACUGAGCUAGCUCAGAAGGCGCGGAAGGAAAUUGCAGACUACCUGUCAACAGGGAAGGAUGAGCGAGCACGGAUCCGUGUGGAGCACAUCAUCAGAGAGGACUACUUGGUAGAGGCCAUGGAGAUCCUAGAACUGUACUGUGACCUGCUGCUGGCUCGCUUUGGCCUCAUCCAGUCCAUGAAGGAGCUGGACCCUGGCCUGCAGGAGGCUGUGUCCACUCUCAUCUGGGCAGCCCCACGUCUGCAGUCUGAGGUCAACGAGCUUAAAAUUGUGUCUGAUCAGCUGUGUGCCAAAUACAGCAAGGAGUAUGGCAAGCUCUGUAGGACAAACCAAAUCGGGACAGUCAAUGAUAGGCUCAUGCACAAACUGAGUGUAGAGGCUCCUCCUAAGAUCUGUGGGGCGCUACUCAUUGAGAUUGCCAAGAACUACAACGUGCCCUACGAGUCAGACGCCAUGGUCAGACCAGAGGUGUGUACAGGCGAGGAGGCUGACCUCAUAGACGUGGACUCUGACUUCAAGAAGCCAGGCGGAGGAGGUGGUGGCGGCGGCGGCGGCGGCGGCUUCACCGCUGGAGCCAUGCCUAUGCCCAUGGGCCCCCCAUCAGCGUUCAGCUACCCAACACCCAAAGGAGCCAUGCCCGGCCCCAUAGGGUUCAACGGCCCCUCUGUUGGCACAUAUGAUGCCUUUAACAACUUCCAGCCUCCAAUGAGAGGAGGGCCGCCCCCUGAGCUGCCGAGCUGCCCUCCCACCUACCAGUCUGUCUCUGGCCCCGGGCCUUCAUCCCAGAUCUACGAUAACAACGCUCUCCCUGAGCUGCCCUCAGUUCCCGACACGCUUCCCACUUCCUCCUUUGGAGUUGGACGAAACACUGCGAGCUCUGAUGACAUCGACUUUGAUGACCUGUCACGCCGCUUUGAGGAUCUGAAGAAGAAGACCUAGUCCUCCAGUAUCCCAUCAUGCUGUGUUGUCAGUCACUGCAGCUACAGUAUCAGGAAAUAUUUGGAUUGGCACUGAUGUUAACAUUAACUGUACCUCAUUCAAACAGGUAAAGGCCCUUUAGAGGGCUAUUUGACAGUACAUUUUGAAGUACAUUAUAUUAUCGACUACGUCCAAUCAAAACUGGGCCGUAUAGAUGUGAUCUUUAUAUGAGCACUUUGGAUAUAAAAUGGCCUUCCUGAUUGUUACUAGUACUCUGUAACACCUCAAUCUUUCUCGCUGCUAUGGUUGUCACGUAUCCCCUUGACUCACAGUAUGAGCCAAUAUUUGGUUAAUAAUCGAAUAGUCGKAUAAUCUAAUAGUGUCUCUCGUCCAGAGACUGGAUUGAGUAAUACAGGAUCUCAAUAGUUUGUCGUUGUGGGUUUCAUGAAACAAUUUUUUACCGGUCACUGAAUCGCAUACUAGAAAAAACUGUUUUCUGGCACACCCAUUGUGUCAAAAUUCAGGCCUAGGACAUAUUCAAGGCCGUAGCACCCUGUCUAUGUUGGGUUUUACUCUCAGUACUCUGGCUCUGAACCUUUGGUGACGUCUGAAACCAGUUCUAUGACCGAUCUGUUACUUUACAUGGGGUGGAGGGAUUCAAUCAGACUUGAUUGAUAAAGUAGGAAAUUUAAAUAUGUAAUA